AUGGCCGCCCCCGCAGAUAUCACCAUCAAGAACCUCAGUGGAGAAUGGACGAUGGACAAAAAUGUCUCUGAUCCGACAGAGCCGCUCCUCGCCUUGCAAGGAAUGGGCUGGAUGCUCCGCAAAGCCCUGAACAUGGCCACCAUCACGCUCCAAAUACACUCCCACGCCGACUCCACCGACCCCAAGCUUCUCCACGUCGACAUCGACCAGGUCGUCACCGGCGGCAUCAAGGGCACCAGCGAGCACCGCACCACGGACUGGACCAAGCGCGAGCACGAGGACCACAUCUUCGGUCGAGUUGAGGGCCAGUCGCGGCUGCUCCGCGGCGUCAAGGGAGAGGAUGGCAAGGUGCGGCCGAACGUGGAUAUCCAGACCAAGACGGACGACGAGACGGUGAAGAAGUUCCUGCGGGGAGAGGUCUUGGCCGAUGGCUCUGCUACCGAGGGGUUCCUGGUCGAUGCCGAGGGCGAGGAGUACGGUGAGGGAGAGGGUCUGUGGUUGCAGAGCUUCGUGAACAAUUUGGAUAAUGGAUGGACGGCCGAACAGAUUUGGGGUUUCGAGAACGUCAACGGAGAACGGUACUAUACUCGUCGCGUGGUGGUGUCGAAGGAUGGCAAGUCCGAGCUGGCUCGGUUUGUAUACACCUUCAUCAAGCGUCGCGAGUGA